AUGCAAAAACUAGCAGUGCUGUUGGCGUGUUUGGUGAUGAACUGCUUGGCCAGUCCAGUUGUUCAACAGGCCAAAGGCGACAAACACGAGGCGGCAUCUGAACUGGCAAGUACCUCAUACGGAUCCGCCUUCGAUAUUGCCUAUGCGGCCUCUAAAGCGACAUUUCAGUGCUUCAAACAAAUGUCCUACAAUGUCGCCUUCAUCAGAGCUUAUAAUGGGGAUUUCCAAGGACAAGUUGAUCCCUACGCGACCACCAACAUCCAGAAUGCCGCUGCUGCUGGACUCGGUACUGAAGUGUUCAUGACUCCUCAGCCAACCUCUUCUUCUAAGAGUGGGCUUCAGCAAUUUGAUGAGAUGUACAACAUGCUUACUGGAGCCAACAUUUUUCUUAAAUCCGUGUGGGUUCAGGUGGUAUCUCCCAGUGACUGGACCUCAUCCAGCACAACCAACAUCAACUUUCUCAACAGCAUCCUCUCGCGAGCUAUGCAAUAUGGCCUGACCGUUGGUGUAUAUACGAGCAAGAAGGAGUGGAAUGAAAUCACCAGUCACGCCAGCACCCUGAAUGUCAAGCUCUGGUACUGGAAAACGGACGGCAGUGGAGCGGCUGACGAGUCCCCAGCCAAUUUCAAGGACUUCAAGGAAUUUGGCAGCUGGACAACGCCGACGGUGAAACAAUACGGGCAGUUCGAAACCAUCUGCGGAGUGAUUGUGAACAGGGACGUCUAUAGUCCCCACUCGGCUCAUCGUCGUCGGCAGCAGUCGCUAAUAUGGCAAACCACGAGAACUCUGAUAAGAUCAUCGUUGGUGGCCACUUACUUGGAGAUGUAG